AACCCCCUGCUCCAGGAUAUUACCUCUUACCCUAGGGAAAGAAUGCUGGCAAAGCGUUUUUUACCCCAUGGAAAGCACUUUUAAGACUGUCAAUCUUUGAAAUAGCAUUCAUUUCAACAACUUGGAUGUAAUCCAUAACUUUACUCUUUCAUCAAGACAAUCUGGGUUAACAUAUAGGUAAGAAUAUCUGGUUUUAGGACAAUCACAGAAGAAUUUUGAAUCUGCUAAAACGUCACAAAGAAAGUAUUCUCCAUAGUCAACGCUCUAGCAGAUCUUCAACAGCUCAGUGAAAGCCAGACACAUUGUUCUCUGCUAAAAUGAAGACUUUGCAGCCUACUUUUCUUCUGUUUGUGUUUGUAUCUUUGGUGAAAUCAGCACCACCCAUACAGCAAGAAUCACUCAAGUUUUAUGAGUAUGAUACAGACGUUACCCUAGGAAGCCUGAUCGAACAAGAUUAUGAAACGAAAAUCAAGGAUAUAAAAAAGGAUGGAAUCAAUGUUUCUCCUAACACCACCCUAGGACUGCAAGGGGAUGACAGUGAACGCAAUGUAUCACCAACAAAGGAUACAAAUUUACCUACUUGUCUGCUCUGUGUGUGUUUAAGUGGAUCAGUGUACUGUGAAGAAAUAGAUAUUGAAGCUGUACCUCCACUGCCAAAGGAAACAGCAUAUCUUUAUGCACGAUUUAACAAAAUAAAAAGGAUAGCAGUCUCAGAUUUUGCUGACAUUACUACCUUGAGAAGAAUUGACUUUAGUGGAAAUCGGAUUGAAGAAAUAGAGGAUGGGGCCUUUUCAAAGCUUCUCUUAUUGGAAGAGCUUUCUCUUGCUGAAAAUCGACUUAUAAAACUUCCUGUUCUACCUCCCAAACUAACAACAUUUAAUGCAAACCAAAAUAGAAUCAAGAGCAGAGGAAUCAAAGCAAAUGCCUUCAAGAAGCUGACAAAUUUGGCCUACCUCUACUUAGGACAUAAUGCACUGGAAUCUGUUCCCCUUAACUUACCAGAGAGCCUGCGUAUCCUACAUCUUCAGUACAACAAUAUUACUACAAUCACUGAUGACACAUUCUGCAAAUCCAACAAUACACGUUAUAUCCGCACAAGUAUGGAUGAGAUAAGAAUGGAAGGAAAUCCAAUCCUCUUGGCAAAGCACGUUAACGCUUUUUCCUGCUUGAGAACACUGCCCGUAGGAACGUACUACUAGCCACUGCCUAUGUAAUGAUCAUUUUUACUUCUUUGUUUACAUGUUUAUAUCCUCUCCCUUGCUAAUCCAGUUUCUCUGCAUACCGAGAACCUUUUACUAUGUUAAACUGUGUUUCUGCUCUGAAAUAACAAUUUGAAACAGCCACUUUACUCAGUAGUUACAGUGCCACCUCUGCUUUCAGAAUCUUUUCUGUUAAUGACAAUGCAAAAAUAUACAUACAUACACACACACACACACACACACACACACACACACACCAUCUCAACUUUUAUUUCACCACAAUCUUUACAUGUAGGUAAAAUCAUGCAAGUAAAAUCAAGCAACACAUGUUCACACUUUUCACCAUUUCCAAAAAACAAUCACUACAUUUUACUUUCAGAUAAACCCUAAACAUUUUUUGGGCAAGCUAUAAAUGAAAAAUACAUCUGACAUCCAAUCAAACAUUCGUUUGCUCUGAAAUGAAACUUUCUGUUGAGCUUCAAAAGUGUAGUGAAUAAAGUUGCAUUGGAAACAAAAUUAUGCUUUAGAAAUAGAACUUUUCAAAGAUGUGUUACAGCUUCCUUAAAUACUUGGUUUGUCAAAAAUAAGCAAAAGUCAUUUAUAGACUUAGGGUACCAGGCAACAUAGCAAGUGGAACUUUUCAAAGAUGUGUUAAAACUUCUUUAAAUAUUUUUAUUUCAAAAACAUUCUCAUUCGCUCUCAAGUAUGUAUGAAUGUAUGGCAUAUAUAUGUGUAUAUAAAUAUAUACAUGCAUAUAUUCACAUAUAUGUACAUAUGCAUAGGCACACACACACACACCCCCUCUAAAUUUUUCCUCAGCUGUACUCACAGGAGUCAUUCUUUCAAUUCAUUCUUCAGCUUCCCAUUUUAACGUAGCAGUGAGAGUACAGUAUAGUAUGUCUCUGAGCACCUUUGUUAUUAACACAUGAUACAGCCUGAACAUCAUUCCACUGCUUUUUUUUGAUAAGGAAAGGUGACAGAACAUAAUUAAAAGCAAAGCUGAAUUAAUUAUUUUACUUGUAAACGAAUUAUAAGAUUUCAGCUAGAGUUCAGUGCAAAGAAACAGAAAUGCCUUCGUACAGUGAUAUUUUCACUCAUUAGGAAAAAAAAUCAAAUCAGAUCUUUAAAUUGAAAAGUUGAUUCUAUUGUUAAGCUAAAAAUUGUGUUAACUUCAAGCAAAUUCAAUUAGCAUCAUUUCACUCUUCAACUACUUUCAACCACACAGUCUAUUAAAAAGGCAAAUGAAUGUGUGAAGUUAUCAACAGUCAGUUCACCUAAAACUACACAUAAUUAGCUGCAAAAGAUAGUGUUUCUAAUGACAACCAUACAUUUCUGCUGACUAUUCAUUCUGAGUUUCUCCCUCCAAAUACCUAGCAGGGGCUUAAAGCUCUUCAAAUAAAUGAAUGCCAAAAAUGUGCUAAUUAUUAUUACCAGAUCAACUUCAUACUAACUUUGAAGCUACUAUGGAUUUCUAAUUUGUAGAAAUAGUUAGGCAUCAAAUGCAUGAUAAUGACUCAUUAUGCACCUAGAAUACUGAUUUUAUAAGAUAUGUUGUAUUAAUUAUUUUUAUCUUAUUUAGUUAAGCAUUGAUUUGUUAGUGCUUGUGCUAUGGGGAAUUAUUAUUAAGUGCACAUUUAAUUCUGAACAUAGUGAUGCUCUGCCAUUAGGUGUUGAGACCUGAUAAGCUUUUUAAGUGACUAUAUCAAGCAUCAGCUGUGGGUUCAUCUUUUUGAAAGAGGAUACAGUUAUGAAAAGCAAGACAAAAAUAUUUUGUCCUGAACUCAUAACUCAAGAAAGUCAUAGUAAUUCCUGAUUUUUUUCCCUGUUUUAAAUUGCCUGAUAUAACAAGAAAGAAAUUCCACUGUCUUAAUGCAUCUGAUAACAUAUCCUAGUUCUACAGUGAGAAUUUGAUUUUCAUUUUCUCAUGUAAAGUCAUAAAACUCCGAUGUUCUCGGGUUUUUAACCAAAAUAUAAAAUACAGCCCCAAAGCAUGUAAAAAUAUAUUCCAACUUCGAGCCAAACUUAUCCUGAGGGGUAGGGGGGAAACACACAAGCAAUUCAUUCAUCUCUAUUUGGAGAAAUGCCUAAGAUGGGGAAAACAGGCCUAAAAAUUUAAGUGUAAUAACAUUACAUAAAUAGUGGCCUCUGAUCUUAGUCUCACCUCAAAGUUAUUACUAAAUAAAGCUCUUUCCAAAAUUAAUGAGAUUAGUAAAUAUCAGAAGUCUUCCUAUUACCUAUGAAAAGUUAUAUAUAUGUGCAUAUACAAGUAUUUGCACAUUUAUGUAAUAUAUACACAUAUAAAUAUUUUAAAACUUAACCACUACCACAAAAAACUUAAUACUUCCAUUAAAGUUGUAUUUUUUUUGCAAAAGUACUAAAGAUCAACAGUAACAUCAAUUUAAUGGUCUAAAUAUUUUGUGAGCAAACAGAAGUGGACAAGUGAUAUCUUCUGAGAUUCUCGUGCAGGCAGUAAAUUAUCUGAUAUGUUUUAAUUUACUUUCCCCAAUUCCUAGCAAAUUAAGUCAGCAAAGCAUUAAUUGAGAAGGGCUUCAGUAUGCAGGAAUUUUUGCCUUCUAUUUUUGUGACCAGUACUUUUGUCAAGCUGAAUGUACAUUAUCCUAUUUUUUUCCUAUCACUUGUUUCUGUUCUGUAUUUCCAAUAAAACUUGUUUUUUUUUCUUGUU